AUUUCCCUAGCAAGCACUGGACAGAUGAUUGUCAAACGCAUGCUCAGUAAUGUCACUUGAUGACAGGAAAAAGGGUGAAUAACUCCCACCAUGCAGUGCGGCCCAGUUCUCCCUCACCCCCGCAGUAAGGAGAGACAUCCAGGGAAAGGAGUAAUGGCGGUCGGCAAAUCCGUACGCUGACACCAAAUCUAAAACAUACCACCAACUCAUCAUUGCCUGCGAGGCACUUCAGGCAGAACAACGGUCGCCUACUGACGAAAAUACUGAGCUGAGACAGGGGAGGGGGACAAAAUCCAACGGCAAAUUGUUGGGACUUUCUCUGUCUUAAAAAUGGAUGAACACCCUGGCGGAGGAGUUGGAAUGGCCGCCCCAAGACAGCAGCAGCAACAGCCGCAGCAAGGGAAUAACAACAACGUUAAUCCCCAAAUCGGUGGCGGAGGAAGCGCAGUGAUGGCGCUACAGCAGCAAGACGAGAUGCCUCGGCCGCAGCAAUAUACUAUCCCUGGUAUUCUACACUACAUUCAACACGAAUGGGCCCGAUUUGAGAUGGAGAGGGCUCAUUGGGAAGUGGAGAGGGCCGAACUUCAGGCCCGGAUAGCAUUCCUUCAAGGCGAAAGGAAAGGUCAAGAAAAUCUAAAGAAUGAUCUAGUUAGAAGAAUAAAAAUGUUAGAGUAUGCAUUAAAGCAAGAAAGAGCAAAAUACCACAAGUUAAAAUAUGGAACAGAGUUGAACCAAGGCGAGGUGAAGAUGCCAAGCUUUGAAUCAGAAGACACCAAAGACACAGAAGUCCCUGCCGUCCCUCAGAACAGCCAGCUCACUUGGAAACAGGGACGACAACUCCUCAGACAGUACCUUCAGGAAGUAGGCUACACGGACACGAUACUGGACGUGCGGUCCCAGAGGGUGCGGUCUUUACUGGGCCUGGCGGGCUCCGAGCAGAACGGAUCGGUGGAAACCAAGAACCUGGAACAGAUCCUGAACGGAGGGGACUCGCCCACCAAGAGGAAGGGACAGGAUCUGAAAAGGAGCCCCGGGGACGUCCUCGAGACGUUUAACUUCCUGGAAAAUGCCGACGACAGCGACGAAGAGGAGGACGAAGAGGGAGACCUGAUGGAGGAGGAGUCAGACAGGACAAUCAAACACAGGAUAAAGAAACACAAGGUCAAGGUGGGUAACGAAGGCCUGGCGUCUGACCUUCCAGAAGACCCCGACACUGAGGAGGCUCUGAAGGAGUUUGACUUCCUGGUGGGCGCUGAGGACGGCGAGGGGGCGGGGGAGGCCCGCAGCUCUGGAGACGGGACUGAGUGGGCGGAGCCUCUGCCCUUCUCAGGGGGGGGUAAGUCUUUCAUCAUGGGCUCCGACGAGGCGCUGGAGAGCGUCCUGGGGCUGGGUGACCUUGCUGACCUCACCGUCUCCAACGAUGAGGCCGACUACAGUUAUGAUCUGCCGGCCAACAAGGACUCGUUCAGGAAGACGUGGAACCCCAAGUACACGCUGCGGAGCCACUUUGACGGCGUGCGCGCCUUGGCCUUCCACCCGGUGGAGCCCGUGCUGGUCACCGUAUCUGAGGACCACACCCUCAAACUGUGGAACCUGCAGAAGACCGUCCCUGCCAAAAAAAGUGCCUCUUUCGACGUGGAGCCCAUCUAUACAUUCAGAGCCCAUGUCGGUCCUGUUCUCUCAUUGGCUAUGAGCUCCAGUGGAGAGCAGUGCUACAGUGGAGGGAUCGACUCCACCAUCCAGUGGUGGAACAUCCCCAGCUCCAACGUAGACCCCUACGAUACUUAUGAUCCCAGUGUGCUGGCAGGCUCGUGGCUGGGCCACACGGACGCUGUGUGGGGGCUGGCCUACAGCGGCAUCAAGAACCGGCUGCUGUCCUGUUCUGCCGACGGAACCGUCAAGCUGUGGAACCCCCAGGAGAAGAACCCCUGCGUCAGCACUUACAACUCAGACAUGGAACACGGCAUCCCCACGGCUGUGGACUUCAACGGCUGCGACCCUGCCCACAUGGUGGCGUCCUUCAACACGGGGAAGGUGGUGGUGUAUGACCUGGAGACGUCCCAGCCCACCGUGGUGCUGCCAGCCCAGGGGGAGAGCACUCUGCCAGCUGCCAACCACAUCAACAAGGUAGUGAGCCACCCCACCCUGCCUGUCACCAUUUCCGCUCACGAGGACAAAAACAUCAAAUUCUUCGACAACAAAUCAGGUAAGGUGAUCCAUGCGAUGGUGGCCCAUCUGGAUGCAGUGACCAGCCUGGCUGUGGACCCCAACGGAAUCUACCUGAUGUCUGGCAGUCACGACUGCUCCAUCCGUCUGUGGAACCUGGACAGCAAGACGUGUGUCCAGGAGAUCACGGCUCACAGGAAAAAAUCGGAGGAGUCCAUCUAUGACGUAGCCUUCCACCCCUCCAAGGCCUACAUCGCUAGUGCCGGGGCAGAUGCCCUUGCCAAGGUCUUUGUCUAGGAAGAGGGCACCCCCUAGCUGUCUGGAGGGGAACAGAGGAAGCGAGAGAUAUGGGGGGACGACCAACCCACAGCCUGGUUGGGGAUUGACAUACUGACUGAAAGUAGCCUGUUUGACCUGGUGAUUACACUACAUUGAAACUGCCACUCCAACUCCCCCUUACCCUGCCGGACUCACCCGCAGUGCCAAGGAGACUCCAGGGGAGGGGAGCAGAGCAGAGAGGAGCUGAGCGCCCCUCAAGUUGAAUCUGUUUUCAGACUAAAGUAACCUGUAACUGUAAUUUACUGUAAGUUGAAACUGGGGAGAGACCCUGUGUGUGUGUGUAGCCGUCUGCCGGGUUUGAGCUGAGAUGACAUCUGUUCUGUCGGUAUGUGGCAGUGACUUCUGUAUGGCUGUCAUGGCUGUAAGUGGGUGGAGUCGCAAGGUGAAGGACAGCCCCUGGUGGGCCAAUAGGAUUCCUACUUCAAUUCAGAAACCCCCGCCCCCUCAACAUCUAUGUAGCGUGAAAAA